AGCGUGUAUGUGCCUGUGUGGGGAGCGUGUGUGUCUGUGUGUGUGUGUGUGUGUAUGAGACAGAGAGAGAGAGAAAGAGAGUGAGAGAGAGAAAGGAGGGAGAGCCACUGAGAGACCCAGAGGUGCUGAAGACCCAGACGGCACGGAGAGCCACUCACGAUCUUUUGGGGGAGCCCAGUAAAUGUGAACAUGGGGUCUGUCGCUGGAGCUGUCCUCAAGACGCUACUUCUGUUAUCUACUCAAAAUUGGAACAGGGUUAUAGCUGGGAAUUCCUAUGAUUGUGAUGAGCCUCUGGUGUCUGCCUUGUCUCCGGCAUCGUUCAGCAGUUCAUCUGAACUUUCUAGCAGUCACGGUCCUGGAUUUGCAAGGCUAAAUCGAAGAGAUGGAGCUGGUGGCUGGUCUCCACUUGUGUCAAACAAAUACCAGUGGUUGCAGAUUGACCUUGGAGAGAGAAUGGAGAUCACCGCUGUGGCCACCCAAGGGGGAUAUGGGAGCUCCAACUGGGUGACCAGCUACCUCCUGAUGUUCAGUGAUAGUGGCAGGAACUGGAAACAAUAUCGACAAGAAGACAGCAUCUGGGGCUUUUCAGGAAAUGCAAAUGCAGACAGUGUUGUGUACUAUAGACUCCAGCCUUCCAUCAAAGCCCGAUUUCUGCGCUUCAUCCCUUUAGAGUGGAACCCCAGGGGCAGAAUUGGAAUGCGGAUUGAGGUGUUCGGAUGUGCAUACAGAUCAGAAGUGGUUGAUCUUGAUGGAAAAAGUUCCCUUGUCUAUAGAUUUGAUCAAAACUCCCUGAGCCCAAUAAAGGAUGUUAUUUCUUUGAAAUUUAAAACUAUGCAGAGUGAUGGAAUUCUGCUCCACCGGGAAGGGCAAAAUGGAGAUCAUAUCACGUUGGACUUACGAAGAGGAAAACUCUUUUUACUUAUUAAUUCAGGUGAAACCAAACUGCCCUCCGCUCACACGCUGAUCAAUCUCACCCUGGGCAGCCUGCUGGACGAUCAGCACUGGCAUUCAGUGCUGAUCCAACGGUUGGGCAGACAAGUGAACUUUACAGUGGAUGAGCACAGGCACCGUUUCCACGCCCAGGGAGAAUUCAGUUACCUGGACCUUGAUUAUGAGAUCAGCUUCGGAGGGAUUCCAGCACCUGGAAAAUCAGUGUCAUUCCCCCAUAAAAAUUUUCAUGGGUGUCUAGAAAAUCUCUUUUAUAAUGGAGUAGAUAUCAUUGAUUUGGCCAAGCAACAAAAACCAGAGAUCAUCACUAUGGGAAAUGUGUCCUUUUCUUGUUCGCAGUCACAGUCUGUGCCUGUGACUUUUCUCAGCCCCAGGAGUUACUUAGCCCUGCCAGGCUUUUCCGGGGAGGACGAGCUGUCUGCUACUUUUCAAUUUCGAACCUGGAAUAAGGCAGGACUUCUGCUAUUCAGUGAACUUCAGCUGGUUUCAGGGGGUCUCCUCCUCUUUCUUAAUGAUGGAAAACUUAAGCUGAAUCUCUACCAGCCAGGAAAAUUACCCAGUGACAUCACAGCAGGUGUUGGAUUAAAUGAUGGGCAGUGGCAUUCCAUCUCCUUAUCUGCCAAAAGGAAUCACUUGAGUGUGGUAGUGGAUGGCCAGGUGGCCUCUGUUGCUUCUUCCCUGGGGUCUGAGCAGACUUAUUCAGGUGGCACCUAUUAUUUUGGAGGUUGUCCUGACAACAGCUUUGGAUCCAAAUGUAAAAAUCCACUUGGUGGAUUUCAGGGAUGUAUGAGACUCAUUUCUGUCAGUAACAAGGUGGUGGAUCUGAUUUCAGUUCAGCAGGGAUCCCUUGGAAACUUCAGUGACCUUCAGAUAGACUCAUGUGGAAUCACAGACAGGUGUUUGCCCAACUACUGUGAACAUGGCGGUGAAUGUUCCCAGUCCUGGAAUACCUUUCACUGCAACUGUGCAAACACUGGCUACACGGGAGCUACUUGCCACAACUCUAUCUAUGAGCAGUCAUGUGAAUCCUAUAAGCACAGAGGAAAUACUUCAGGGUUUUACUAUAUAGAUUCAGAUGGAAGUGGUCCCCUGGAACCCUUUCUUCUAUAUUGCAAUAUGACUGAAACUGCGUGGACCGUCAUACAGCACAAUGGCUCUGACCUAACAAGAGUCAGAAACACUAACCCAGAGAACCCAUAUGCUGGGUUUUUCGAGUAUGUGGCCAGCAUGGAGCAGCUCCAGGCCACAAUUAACCUUGCGGACCACUGUGAGCAGGAGCUUACCUACUACUGCAAGAAGUCACGGCUUGCCAAUAAACAAGAUGGACGCCCUCUGAGUUGGUGGGUUGGAAGAACCAAUGAAACACAGACGUACUGGGGAGGUUCUUUGCCUGAUCCUCAGAAGUGUACUUGUGGAUUAGAAGGGAACUGCAUUGAUUCUCAGUAUUACUGCAACUGUGACGCUGACCGGAAUGAAUGGACCAAUGACACUGGAUUCCUUUCUUAUAAAGAACACCUGCCAGUAAGGAAGAUCGUGGUUACAGACACGGGCCGACCGCACUCAGAAGCAGCUUAUAAACUGGGGCCUCUACUCUGCCGGGGAGACAGAUCAUUUUGGAAUUCAGCUUCCUUCAAUACUGAGGCUUCAUACCUUCAUUUUCCUACUUUCCAUGGAGAACUUAGUGCAGAUGUGUCUUUCUUUUUUAAGACAACAGCUUCAUCUGGGGUAUUUUUAGAGAACCUGGGGAUUACCGAUUUUAUAAGGAUAGAGCUACGCUCACCGGCAGUAGUGACCUUUUCAUUUGAUGUGGGGAAUGGACCUUUUGAAAUCUCAGUGCAGUCACCCACUCAUUUCAAUGACAACCAGUGGCACCACGUCAAGGUUGAAAGGAACAUGAAAGAGGCAACUAUCCAAGUGGAUCAGCUCUUACCGAAGACGCAGCCUGCUCCCACUGACGGCCAUGUCCUUUUACAGCUCAACAGUCAACUCUUCGUGGGUGGAACAGCCACCAGACAGAGGGGCUUUCUGGGCUGCAUUCGGUCUCUGCAGUUGAACGGGAUGUCCCUGGACCUGGAAGAGAGGGCUAAGGUGACCCCUGGCGUGGAGCCGGGCUGUAGAGGCCACUGCAGCAGCUACGGGAAGUUGUGUCUCAAUGGAGGGAAAUGCAGAGAAAAGCUCAGCGGGUUCUCUUGUGACUGCACCUUCUCUGCAUACACGGGGCCUUUCUGCUCGAAGGAGAUCUCUGCGUAUUUUGGAUCUGGCUCAUCUGUGAUUUACAAUUUUCAAGAAAAUUAUUCCUUAAGUAAAAAUUCCAGCUCCCACGCUGCUUCGUUUCAUGGCGACAUGAAGCUGAGCAGAGAAAUGAUCAAAUUUAGCUUCCGAACAGCGCGAGCACCAAGCUUACUGCUUUAUGUGAGCUCCUUUUAUAAAGAAUACCUUUCAGUUAUCAUUGCCAAAAAUGGAAGUUUGCAGAUCAGGUACAAGCUAAACAGAUACGAAGAACCUGAUGUCGUUAACUUUGAUUUCAAAAACAUGGCGGAUGGACAGCUUCACCACGUAGAGAUCAACAGAGAAGAAGGAGUGCUCUUUGUAGAGAUUGAUGACAACGCAAGGAGACAAGUCCAUCUGUCAUCGGGUACAGAACUCAGCGCCAUCAAGUCUCUUGUACUGGGCCGGAUUUCAGAGUACAAUGACGUAGACCAGGAGACAGCCCUGGCCGGUGCACAGGGCUUCCUGGGCUGUCUGUCCGCGGUGCAGCUCAGCCACGUGGCCCCUCUGAAGGCCGCGCUGCAGCCUAGCCACCCGGCCCCUGUCACCGUCUCAGGACAUGUGACAGAGUCCAGCUGUGUGUCCCAGGCUGGCACUGAUGCCACAUCAAGGGAGAGGACACACUCGUUUGCAGAUCAUUCUGGAACAAGAGAUGACAGAGAACCCCUAGCUAAUGCAAUCAGAAGUGACUCUGCAGUAAUUGGAGGUCUGAUAGCGGUUGUGAUCUUUAUCUUGCUGUGCAUUGCUGCCAUUGCUGUUCGCAUUUAUCAGCAGAAAAGGUUAUACAAAAGAAAUGAGGCAAAAAGCACUGCCGUCUUGCCAUAUCCAGACUCGAGAUGGCUCCAGGAGGCCUCAUCCAGUGAUGUAUUUCCCAUAGCAGUCGUUCUACAGAACAAGGGAUGAGACACCGCUCUUAAUUUCCGACCGUUCUGAUAGGAUCUAAAACGGAAGUUUAACUCGCUUGAUGACUACGGUUUUUAAAUGUGAAGACCAUAUCCCUGGUCUCUCCACCGUGUGGUACGUAAGUUUUGUUAGAGGUAAAAAUCAAAAUUGGACAAUACGGACCUUGCUUUACUGGAGAACAUGCUCGUGUUUGCUUUAGUGUCCCCAUGGUGUUAUUAAUAGACCUGGAAAUGCUUCUAAGAUCCUGUUUGGCUGGUGUUUGCAUCUUCAGUGGCCAAAAGUAUAUAAAACCCCUUUGCCUUUCUCUGUGUUACAUUCAAUACAGUUUAUCAAUAGUCUUGAAAGAUGUUGUGUUGUCAUUGGUUUGUUUUGAUUGUUCUUUUUCUAUUUGACUUCUCUUAAUGAUUUGGGAUACCUUAGGUUUGGAGUGUCAGACUUCAGCUCUGAAUGUAAAAUUCAUAUGCAACCAGACUCAGAAAGUGCUUUGGUUGUCAGCGUGCGAUGUCUUGCCUUUUAAAAUUUUCAUUAUCUGCUAUCAUUGUUCAGUAGUGGCGGGAGGUAAGACCCUGGAUAAUGCCAAUUUCCCAAAGAAUGUGAAAUGUUUGCAACUCUUCAACUUGUCAACAUAAAAACCACAACUCUUAACAAUGGACAAAUUUUAUUUACAACUGUAAUAUCUCAUAUGAAACACACCUUUGAGAAUAUUUUCCCCAAACCUUAUGCCAGUUUUCUUUAUAGGUUUGUUCUUCUGUUUUUCUAAAGUUUAUCACCAAAUUUUCUUUGAUCUCCCUUGACUGUAUUCCGUGGGGAAUGUUUCUUAUGUACUAGAAAAAAAAAAAAAAAAAAGACAGCUGGAAG